GCAUAGUUAAGGCUGCACGAAUCCCUUAGUGCCAGCGCCAGUGGUAAGCGCACCUAAAACCCAAACAAACAUCGACGGCCCAUUUUUCAGUGAAGGUUAUACUUGCUAAAAAGCUUAAUCUCCUUGGUUCUAGGAGCGUGUUUGUGUAUUUGAACUAUUCUGCUCACUUGACCGCCUUUCACCACACAAGAUUGACUUCCUGUGCCCAUAGAUGAACCAUCAGCAAGACACGUUAAACUAAAACAUCUACUUGAGUUGGAGAUAAAACACAAUUAAAGAAGGAAAAGCCCAAAUUUUGAUUUUUCCGGAUAUUUUUCUUUUGGCCUUCUUCCAGAUCUGAAGCAGGCAGGUUGAGCUGUUUAUUUUUGGGAGCUGAAGGACGCUCAUGAAGGACUUUUGACCUCGCAUAUCUUAUGAAAUCAGAGUUGAAUUCUUUAUCCUCGCCAGUCAGAAAUCUGCGGCUAAUUCAAUGGGCAUCUAUCAAUUGUGAUAGUAAAGAUCAAUACGACAGAAACAGCCUUACGAUGCAUCCUUUAGCAGCAACUCGCUUUCAUUAACCAAAACUGAAAAUGAUCGCAAUGUAACAUAGAGCUUUACUUCCUUCAUUGUCAUGUGACUUUGAACCUCCUGCGCGCUAUUUUCUGCUAAUAAGACAGUCUUUUAACCACUUGAAUGAGGUGAACCGUGGUGCGGAGAACUCGAUUGCCAUUAAAAGACUGUCUUCAAAUUCAUUUUUUUUUUCUUUUUUUUUUUCUUCCUCCUCAUGCUUUAUGGUAGAUCUUAAAAUGAUUCGGUAAAAGGCGAAUCGGCUGAAAGUGAACUGGCACACAGUGUGGCAGGACUACACCUGUCUCUUCCUCCCUCUGGUGUCAAAGUGGAACUGCUUCCAAGCUGUCGUCCAUGUUUCAGGACAGUUCUCCAUCUGAUUUCUUUAGUUGAAAAGAAGAGUUUGGUUUUUCGUCCUGGAUUUUGACUCAUGACGAGUGGAGUAAAGGCUUUGAAGACGUUGACGGAUUCGACCCACCAGCGAAGAAGCUUCCCCUGAUUAAACGCAACCAGCAGGAAAACCGCUUGGAUUGAGUUUUGAGAAGCCUCUUCCCAACCCUCGCUUCAGCCAGCUUUCUGGAUCCCUCCAGAUCAUUCCCGCCAAACUUUUUGCUCAUCUCCAAGUGUUUCAUCCUGGACGAAGGGAUCUGCCUCUGGAGAAAGGGGCUGAGGUGUCCUGUUGGAGGUGGUGUGGGGGUUUUUGGUGUGCUGCUCCCCAUCUGUCGGUGCACACGCUCCGUCGUCAGUGCCAGCAGGCCUGAGGAACAGAGCCCAGCCGGACCAGGAGAGAGGCAGAGGACUUCAGAGCCACAGACUCUGGGAUCCUGGCCAUGAGGUUUGAUGCCUCGAUCCACUGACCGGAAACACUGGACCUAAAUGGCGCAGCAUGACUUUGUCCCUGCCUGGCUUAACUUCUCCACUCCCCAGCCUGCCAAGUCCCCUGCUGCCAACCUUGACAAGCAAGGUGAGCCUCACCACCACAGAGACGCCCGGACUGCUGUGAGCCGCCGCCGCCACAACUCCUCCGACGGUUUCUUCAACAACGGCUCUCUGCGCGCCCCGCCAGGUGAUGGCUGGCAGCAGCCCUCGCUGCUGCUGAGGCACGACUCUGUGGACUCUGGGGUGGCCAAAGGGGGGCACGGCGGGCUGGCGGGGGGCUCCUGCUGGAAGGACACAUCCAACUGGCACGGGGCGCCUCGCGGGGCCCAGGACGGCCACCACCAUCAGGGACGUCACCCCAAAAGGCCAGGGGGUGACAGGGACAGGCAGGGGGGGCACCGGCAGCGCAACGGCAACUUUCAUCCCCGUAAAGGAACCUCGUACCAGGACAAGUUUCCCAACGAGGAACGCAAAGACAGCAAGGAUGACAAGCUGAAGUUUGUGGAGGAGGACUUUCCUUCCUUGAACCCUGAAACAACUGGAAAGCCUGGGACUCAAACGCGCGCAGUGGCUCCCCAUGCUGGUGUGUGGGAAAAUCCGCCCAGCGGCAAACAGAUGGUGUCCAAAAUGCUGGUUAUCAAAAAGGUGUCGAAGGAGGACCCGAGCACAGCCUUCUCUGCAGGGUUUGCCACCGCCGGCGCUUUGCCCACCAAUGGCAGCAAAGCCCCCAUCACAGGCUCCAGCGUCUACAAGAACCUGGUCCCAAAGCCUGCCGUGGCCCCCACCAAAAGCGCACAGUGGAAAUCUGGAGGUAGAGAGAUCACAAAGCCGGGUCUUCACAUGCAGGGCCGAGAUUCGGUCUUCACCAGCCCCGUGUCUGCAGCCAAACCCAGCACCCCCGCCAGCGCACCACAGCACAACACCCAGAAAGAGCACCCCUCCAGCACGACUCCCCCCAUAGAUAUCGCACCGUCAAGGCUGAAGCUGAUGCGCCGCGGUCCAGACCGCAAAAGUGAGUUCCUCCGAGCUCUGAAGGACGAAGGAACCGGAGAGCUGACCACAAGCAGCAGCCCAGGAACAUCGGGAGAGGGUGAAAGCAGCACCCCAGAGCCCAAACCAUACAGCGAGGAAAACUGCCACGAGAACGGGAUGUCAUACUCCCUCAGUGACUCGGACACGGAGCAUCUGUCCAGCUCGCUGGAGGCGGAGCACAGGUUGCUGAAGGCCAUGGGGUGGCAGGAGUAUCCAGAAAACGACGACAACUUCCUGCCUCUGACAGAAGACGAGCUGAGGGAGUUCCAGACUAAAACUGAGCAGCUGAAGCGCAACGGCAUGCAGAGAAACGGGGUUCUGCCGAGGACGCGCGGCGUGACCCUCCACUUCACCCCCUGGAGGAGUGUGGCGGAGGCGCAGGAGGAGGACGAGGGCUCGGAAUCCGACACCAGUAGCAGCAGCCAGACCUCUGACGACGACGACUGCAUCAAAUCCUAACGUGGCUUUACGGAACAAAACAAUAAUAAUAAUAAAAGAAAACAACCACAUAAACAAAAACAGCCAACACCACAUCUCAACAAGCAGCCCCGCCCCCUGCUCCUCUCUCUGUUUUUAGAUCACCGUUUGACUUUCUUUUGAUUUCUUUUCUUUCGUUUGUUUUUGUUUUUUUUGUUCUUGCACAAGGGAAAAACCAAUCAUAUCCCAGUGAAGGAGGGGAUUCCUGCGUUUUCCUGCGGUUCCUCCUUUUACUGCAAACCCUGACCUCUGACCCCCCACCCUUCACCCUCCUUCCCGUCUCUUCCUCGCUUCGUGGAACUGAGGUGUUCAUCAAGAAAAGAAGGGCAACGAAUGCACACUUGAUUCUGCUUUAAACAGACUAACUCAUUUCAUUGAUGAUGCUGAUGACACAUUAUUAAUGAUAUUAAUAAAAAUUGGUUCCUGACAAGCUGAGAUGUUUCAAUACAAA